UCGCCGACAAGCUCGGUCCCAGAAGGGAGCUGCUGUCUGAGCAGGAAACUGCAUCUUUAGACUCCUGCCCAGCCACGAGAGAGGACCAGGGAAUCUCACCGACCGCUUGAGGACUCUCCCCGGAUCGCUUCAGCCCCACGCCGCCCGGACCCUCCGGGCCGCUCCCCACCAGGGGCUCCCCCAGGAGGACGAGCAUGGUGAUUUUCCUUCGGAGUCCACUGGUUCAGGACGUCUGAGAAGAUGCUAGCCUUGCAGCUGCUCACUUGCUUCCUGCAGCUCCUGGCUGGGCUGGCACUGCCUACUGUGCCCCCCAAGCAACAGGCCCUGUCUGCUGGGAACAGUUCAUCAGAGGUGGAAGUGGUGCCCUUCCAGGAAGUGUGGGGCCGCAGCUACUGCCGGACGCUGGAGAAGCUGGUGGACAUUGUGACAGAGUACCCCAGCGAGGUGCAGUACAUGUUCAGCCCGUCCUGCGUCUCCCUGAAGCGCUGCACGGGCUGCUGUGGGGAUGAGCGCCUCCAGUGCACGCCGGUGGAGACAGCUAACAUCACCAUGCAGAUCCUGAAGAUCACCCCAGGGGUUCGCCCCUUCUACGUGCAGCUGACAUUCUUGCAGCACACGCUCUGCGAGUGCAGACCUCUGCUGGAGAAGACGAACCCAGAAAGGAGGAGACCCAAGGUCAGGGGAAAGAGGAAGAGAGAGAAGCAGAAACCCACAGGCUGCCACCAGUGUGGUGAACGUGCUCCCCGGAGGUAACCAGCCCCUCAGCGGAGAAAGACCCCACACCCAGCUCGUAUAUUUAUUACUGUCACACUCUCGGUGACCUCCCUGCUGGUACCUUCCCUCUAUUUAUUAGCCAACUGCAUCCCUGCUGAAUGACUUGCUCCCUCCAAGACGAGGAGCAAGGAGGGACAGGACCCUCAGGAAUUCAGUGCCUUAAACAGAACGUGAGAGAAGGAAAGAAGCCAUCCACAGACCCGUGGGAGCUUCGGCUUGGAAAGAAACAAGACAAGACCUUGUGAGGGGCAUGCUGGGCCCUAGAAGCCCCAGGUCCCCGGGGACUGGAGAAGAAAAGAGGGGACCCUGCAAAGACUCCUGGCUUGAGGCUCUGCCAGCAGCUUUUGCCCUGGGCUGCUCCUGACCCAGGUGGGUGCAGGCGCCUGCUCUGGCCACCAAGUCCCUGGCCGGUGGGAAGUCAGGCAGCCGAUGGAGGGGAUCCAACCACAUCCUCCUCUCCCUGGCAACAGAUACUUGCCCUGGAGAUUGGGAUGUUCAGCUCUGGAGAACAGUGCUUGCCUGGGGCCUUUUGCUGCUCCUGGUCCUCUUACGUUGACCCCCCCCCAACAUCUUGCCUCUGGCUUAUUCUGGGACAUUGCUUUUUCCAGCCAGGGUACCGUGAUCCUGGCCCCUCUUGGGGACCCAGGCAGAGUGGGCUCUGGGCUGGUCAAGAAGCAGGGUGUGAGAGGAGCAGCCCAGCCGGUGGGGAUGAGGUCACUGGGAGAGAAACCUGUGUGCCUUAGCCUAGCAGCUGCGGAGAGUGAAGCAGAUUCCCCAAGGGCCCCUGUACGCACCAGCUGCCCCUGCAGGGCUGUCUGACUGCCAAGCCAGAUUCUCUUGAAUA